CUCACUUUAGCCGUCCGCGACGGACGCGCGCACAAGAUAUUUUCUUUAAAAAGUUUAUCUCAAAAAAAUAUUUUAUAUAUUUUUUUUAAGUUCUUACCAAGGCUCGAGUGUUUCUUCUAUACUUUUUGGAGUCAUGGGGAAGCUGCAAACGUACUUUUUGAUUUUCGCUGCUGUGAUCGCAUCAAGCACCUCAAAUACAAAUAUGUUCGGAGGGCGGUGCUCACAGCGGGACCCUAACGUGGACGCUUGCCUACUCCGCAGCUUCAAUAACCUGCUGGAAUACCUCAAGGGAGGGGCACCGGAAUUCGACAUAGAGGAGUCGGAACCGAUUGUGAUAGAUGAGUUAUCUAUCGCUCUGGGCGGUGGUCCCGACGGGUACCGAGCCACAUUCAAGGACAUCCAGGCCACAGGCGCUUCCAACAUGACCAUCACCAACGUUAGGUCGGACUUGGAGUCCCACCAAUUCCAGCUGACCAUGUUCGGCCCGCACAUCAGCGCGCGCGCCCGGUACCGCUCCUCGGGCGUAUUGCUGCUGGUGCGAGCCUCCGGUGGCGGCGACUACUGGGGCGAAUAUGAUGGCGUAAAGGCGAAGGUUUAUUUCCGCGGGGUGCCGUACGACCGCGACGGCAGGACUUACCUGAAGCUGCAACAACUCAAGCUGGACUUCUCAGUCAGAGAUAUCCAGAUGGGAGUCGAGAAUCUUCACAACAGCAAUGCCGUCUUACAGGCAGCGCUAAACCUGUUCAUCAAUAGCAACGCGCAAGAGCUCCUCAAGGAGAUGAAACCACAGCUUAAGCAAGACCUGGCGAGCAAGAUGUCGCGCUUCCUCGAGAGAAUCCUGCAGCACAUUCCGUACGACGAAUGGAUCGUCGAUUAAUUUAACACGAAGUAUAGGUAGAGUCUGUGUAGAAAGAGAAUGGGCGUGUCGAAAAACGGAACUAACAUUAAGAUUUUUUAUGGCAAUCCAACCCAGCCAUCUCUAAAACGUCAAACUUUUGUAUUGAUACGAAUUUGUUGGUUGUUGUGAUUUCUUGCGGUUUUUUGUAUUUAACAAUGUUUAAAAGGGGUAAACCCUUACAAAUACGGUAGAAAAGCACUACUGUGCCCUCAAAUCUAAAUCCUUCUUUCCGCACAGACUCUAGCUGCGAACUUCUUGAGCAAAACCGCAGACAAACAAACUUGCGCAGUAAACGUUUUUAUAUGUAAAAUUACUACUGCUCAGGCUUUCUUGUCUAUGGUCCUUGCACAAAAGGUCUGCCGGGGAGUAUAUGUUACAGUUCGUCCGAUAUUUCGUCGCCUAUCUGCAGUGCGAUUCUCAUAAAUAUAAGAACAAACACACUUUUUAACUCUUAAUCUGCGUUGAAGUGAGUAUAUUCUAAUCUUACACAAUAGCAGAGUCGAAUAAUAUUCAUUAAAUAAGUAGAUUCAAUUUCUUGGUUCCUGGAAAUCUUGUUAAAUGAGUUAAUUUAAUUUUGUUAAAUGAGUAACAAAAUUAAAUUAAGUACGUUAAUCAAUGGCCUGAGGAUGAAUAAUCAGCCUGAGGAAAUUCCGUCAAUUAUUUUUAAUUUAGGACGACACUGAUAUCUCAUCAAAAGUUAACAUCACAAAAUUCGUAAACCCUGUGGGCUUAUAGUAAGGACUGAAAAAAUGUUACAAAGAAUUUGGUUAAUAACAAGCUAACGAUAAGUCAAAAACUUCACAAGCAACAUUGUUUACUCAAAUUACUUUAUUACAGCUCAACUUAGAUCGCUAAAACUUCAUUGAAUAUUUAAUAGUAAUAUCACAUCUCCAAAAAUGGUUUUCAAUUAAAUAAAAUCCAUAUUACUACAUUUACACGUGUAUUAAAAUUUUGGUUAAUGAUUAAGACUUUUUCAAAUUAAUUAUUUUAUUAUGAACACUGACAAAUAAAUACGUAAUUAAGUAGAGACACUGCUCAAAAAUAAUUAGAACAAAUAACAAGAAACAAUUACUCAUAAGUAGCAAUAAGUUAUUUAUUUACACAAAAGGAAAUUAUUGGAGUCAACAAAAAUCUGUUCUGUCUGUAUAUUGCGAAAUGCAUUAGUAUUAUAAAUAAAAUAGUGAUAAGCUUAGAAUAAUAGUAAACUAAGUGAAGUUUGUAAAAAAACUUUGAAAAUAAAUUUUAAGUAAACGAAUUCUGUGUUGUUACUGAAGUGUACAAAAAAAAGCCUAGCUAAAUGUAUAAAAAUCACACUCAGAGAACAUCAAACCUGGUGACGCUGUAAAGGUCAUCUGUGACCAACAGCAUACACACUCAAAAAAAAACAAGUCAAUUAUCUUUAAAGUUUGGUUAAAGCUGAUGCUGUAUUUUUCUGUGCUAUCACGAAAGAAAAAGACAACC